AUGGAGUUGGCAGUUUUUGAAAUAGAAUUUAAUGGGAAUUACACUGUCCUUCUAGACGCAAGAAAACAGAAUAGAAUAUGUUAUUUACAAGAAUACAUACAAGAAACAGACGAAAACGGUGCUAUACGAACUACUUGUGUUCAAGCUUGGGAUGGAAAGAGGUAUGGUGCUUAUAAGGAUAUCGACAAUGAAGGCUUUCUUGUAAGAAUUAAAGGAAGUGAUAAAGGGAAACGAACGUUUGCAGUCAUGACCAAUGACCAAAAAGCUUUAAUCACACUUGAGAUAUCAGUCGUUUGUCCAGAUGAUUGUAACCAUGAAAAAGGGUUUGGCUCAUGUUCAACUCGUGAAGGGAAGUGUGUUUGUGAAGAUGGAUAUGGUGGAGACAAUUGUCAUAGAAAAUGUUACGACAAAGGAACGUGGAAUGAAGACUCCAACGGAAAGUGUUUAUUUGAUUCACUCUUUUGCGACCAAUACUGUAAAUGUGAGCCGGGAACAACACUCAAAAAACACCUGUGUAUUUCCUCUCAAUGUACAAGUGGGCACAUCAUUGGAGAUAUGUGUAAAAUUGGAAGUGAUGGCUGCAAAGAAAAUUGUGAAUGUAAUGCUGAAUUGGGAUUUUUCAGUGAUGGACAAGGAAAUUGUAAACAUGAAUUGUGUGGAAAUGGAAAAAUAGACACCAACCCUUUAUUUACAGAAGAGUGUGAUGGUGGUACCAAUUGCAACUUGACUUGUUAUUGUGCUGAAGGGUAUGUGACAAAUCCAACGGAUAAAAGAAACUGCUACAAACCCUCUAUUACUACUAGUGGGAUUUUGGGCAUUGUCUUUGGGUCUAUAAUAGGGUUUAUUGUUGUUAUCCUCGUACUUAUUGGUAUUAUUGUUCUCAUUGUUAAAACAGAUAAAGUGUCGAUUGAAAUGUUUAAACAGCAGCAACCGAUAUAUUAUUUGUACAUCAAUGGUUCAUCUAAAAAAGAGCCUUCAAAACUUUCUAAAUAUGAAUUGAGUCCAACUUCUUUGGACUUUGGAAACGAUGAAAAAGCGACUGAUAUUGGCGACACCCGAUUUGAAAGGAUGGAAAUUAAAAAUAGAAGUAGGAACAAAUGGAUGAUGAUCAUAUUCCAUGUACCCGACUGCCCAAAAUACGUCU